UGGGGUCCCCGGGCAAUAGGGGAUCAUGGGGCCCCUGCGUCCUUGCCCACACUCAGAAAAGCCUAUAAAAAAGGUACCAGGGGCAUUUCAUGGGGCCCCCUACUGACCCCGGGCCCUCGGGCAGUGCCCGAGUUUCCAAAUGGUCAGUCCACCCCUGAUGCAGACUGUGAAGUUCUAAAACAGUCACUCCCAUGCAGGGGCGGACUGACAACUCAUGGGUCCCCCGAGCAAUAGGGGAUCAUGGGGCCCCUGUGUCCUUGCCCAAACUCAAAAAGCCUAUGAAAAAGGUACCAGGUGCAUCUCAUGGGGCCCUCUACUGACCCUGGGCCCUCGGACAGUGCCCGAGUUUCCAAAUGGUCAGUCCGCCACUGCUCCCAUACAGAUC